AUGCAGCUCGAGCGUAGAGCAGGCGCCAUCGCAUGCGGCGAAGAUGCAACAGAUGAAGCGACGAUGAGCAGCCAUCUUGCAAGAGUCGUUGACAUGGCUGAAGAUGAGCAGGAGGAGAUGAACGCCGCUUGCAAGAUGGUUCAGGUCCUUGUGAGGAACUGGACCAGCAAGACCCUUGUGACCUCGAUGCAAGUCCGAGACAUGCAGGGGCUGCAUCUUGCCCUUGAAGAUCUUGUUGGGUUGCCACCUGAUGAGCAGCUUGUUACAAUUUCUGGUAUAGCCUGCCUUAAGGAUGAGCAGGUUGCGUCUCUGAAGCCAUGGAGCAUGGUAGAGGUGCGCCCAAGAUGCCUGGGCGGCAAGGGAGGUUUCGGUGCCAUGCUUCGUGGACAAGCUUCGCGACCUGGGAUGAAGAAAGUGCAGGCAAAUACAGGAGCCAUGCGUGACUUGAGUGGAAGGAGACUUCGCCAUGUCGAGCAGGAGGCUCAGCUCCAAGAAUGGGCAGCUGAAGAGGAGAAACGGAAAGAGCAAAUAGAAAAAGAGAAAGCAGCAAAGCGACAGAAAUUCGCUCACAAUGUGCAUGAGGAAGCUGUAAACUACGUUGCAGAGGCUAUAGUUGACAGGGAUAUGGUUACGGACGCAGUCAAGCAGGGAAUUUUCGGUGAGAAGAACAGGAAGGAAGUUAGUUCACAAGAGGUCCCCAAAGCUAUGAUGUCAGCCAAGAAGCUUGACAAGAUUUGGAACGUCGAUGAGUUUGAAGAUGAUGACGAAGAAGACGGCAGUGCCGAUCAGAUACAUCCUCAAGGCAAGGCAAAGCAACCAACAACAGCAAAGGAAGCGUCUGCGAAGGUGGAGAAGGAAGAUGUUGCUCAAGCGAAGAAGGCGGAGGAAGGAGCUCAGAAGGAGAAGGCAGAAAAGAAAUCUGAAGCACCUGAGAAACCGGAAACAAGUGCGGCAGUAGCGAAUAGCAAGGAGCAAGACGAAAAGGCUCAGAGCAAAGAGACGACGGAAAAACCCAAGGAGGAUGGAAACGCAGCGCAGGAACUAGAAGAUAUUGAUAUCGACAAGGUCCCCGACCAGGACACCCUCCUCAAGUACGGCGCUGACAGACUGAAAUUUGCACUCGCAAAGAGGGGCCUCAAGUGCGGAGGAAGGCCUGAAGAGAGGGCUCAGAGGCUGUGGAGCAUCAAGGGGGUCCCACCUGAGAAGUGGCCUGCUAAGAUCAAGCAGGGAAAGUAG